AUGUUUUCUCGUGCGAUUGGAAGAUGCUGCUACUCUACACAUAAAGCAGCAUCAAAACUAUGGGUAAAGCACAAUGGAGGCCCAUCGGCUCAAGUCUCCACCAAAAGCUGUAUCAAUAUCGAUGACUUUGCCGACAAGGUCAAGCAAAAACUCAAUACCAACAACCAAGUUGCUUUAUAUACUUCUAUCAACAAAGAAGCACUUGACCCUGGGCUUUCACUCAAAGAACUCCUUAAACUGACAUCAGCAACAACACCAGCAAAAUCCCCUUGCUUGUCAAAAUCAUUCCUGCUACUCAAGACUCAUUUGCAACAAAAACCAUAUAUAUUCGUGAUACCGAUGAUGAUGGAAAGCUUACGGAUGAAUAUGUUGAAUACAGUAUCAAGAACAACGAGAACUUGCGUGAUAUCUAUAAAAAUGGCAAAGGACUCAUCCACAUGGCUGACCCAAAGAAAGAUGACAAAAAAAGAAGCGGAUGCGAUGGAAGCAAAGACGCUACUAUCCAUGAAGACCUAUCUUGUAGAGAAACUCCAAGCAUCCCCUAUCGAUUUGCCUACUGACAUAUAUGAUUCAACGGGAAAGCAAAUUCAAGAAUGGGAUUAUAGUAAGAUUGUUGGAGUUGCUUGUGGAACCCGAUUCCCCGAUGGCUGUCGCGAAGAAGCUCAUCGAUUAGGAUUAAUGGUUGUUUAUCCGUCGGGAAGUCGUUACAGAGUUGAUGGCAAGGUUGAAUUUGAUUACACUAUUAGAAGAUGA